UCUCUCUAGGUCUAAUAUUGUCUCUCUCUCUCUAGGUCUAUCAUAUUGAGGCGUCUGUGUUCUCUGAUUGGAACAGUGUUUCUGCUGCGUUGCGUCACCAUGUUUGUUACCUCCCUCUCUGUACCUGGACAACACCUGCAGUGCUCCAGUAAGAUGUAUGGUGAUAUGUGGUCUAAGGUCCAGAGGGUGUUAGCUAUAUGGAGUGGCUUUGGGAUGACGCUGAAUGGAGUGGAUACCUGUGGAGAUUACAUGUUCUCUGGUCACACUGUGGUGCUCACCAUGCUCAACUUCUUCAUCACAGAGUAUACUCCUCGUAGCUGGCACCUGAUCCAUACCAUCUCCUGGGUUCUGAAUCUGUUUGGCAUCUUCUUCAUCCUGGCGGCUCAUGAGCACUACUCCAUCGAUGUGUUCAUAGCCUUCUACAUCACCACCAGACUCUUCCUCUACUAUCACACUCUGGCCAAUACCAGGGCUUUCCAACACAGCCGCCGCGCUCGGAUUUGGUUCCCCAUGUUCUCCUUCUUCGAAUGUAACGUCAACGGCCCUGUUCAUAACCAGUACAACUGGCCCUUCAGUGGGCCCGCCUGUAUGAAGACACUCAUUGGAUAACGCACAGUGUAGGGUUAGCCUUUAGCUAGUGUCAGGGUUCCAUUGGCCAGAUUUUAACUCCAACCUGGGGAAUGAAGUAUGUUCUAGAAUCUAAAUAAUUACUUAUUGUACUUUCAGUAUUCUACAGAUAAUGUAUCGAUAGCAGUAGAUACUGAGCUAUUUAUAAUGUAUGUUGUUUAUUGAUGAGUUGUUUAAAUCAGUUAGUUGUGUGUUAGGGUAUGUAACUGUCCAUAUGUAAUCUAUGGGAAUCUGUGCUUCAUUCACAUCAUGUAUGUACACUGAGUGUACAAAACAUUAGGAGUCUUUCCAUGACAUAGACUGACCAGGUGAAAGCUAUAAUCCCUUA